AUAACAAAACCGUUUUCGUGUAAAGAUUUACCCAAAGUUGCAAUGGACUAGUCCAGUUUGAAAACAUGGCGGUGCACAUCACGUUGCCGGAGAGUCGGAAGAAGUCGGCGGCUCCUGACGCGCCCAAACACCUGGUGACGCCGGGAGACGUCAUCACAACGGACACGGGAUACAUGAGGGGCCAUGGCACGUACAUGGAUGAUGACAAGUUGAAGGCGUCCCUCGCUGGUGUUGUGGAGCGAGUCAACAAACUCAUCUGUGUGCAACCACUCAAAACAAGGUACAAUGGUGAGAUUGGGGAUGUUGUGGUGGGGAGAGUCACUGAGGUCGGCCAGAGAAGAUGGCGAGUGGACGUCAAUUCCAGACUGGACGCAGUCCUGAUGUUGUCAGCUGUCAACCUCCCUGGGGGAGAGUUGAGGAGAAGAUCAGCUGAGGAUGAACUGAUGAUGAGAGAGUACCUCGUGGAAGGGGACCUCAUCAGUGCUGAGGUGCAGGCUAUCUUCCAUGAUGGGGCUCUGUCCCUUCACACCAGGAGUCUCAAGUAUGGCAAGCUGGCCCAGGGACUGAUGGUUCAGGUUUCCCCAUCGCUGGUGAAGCGGCGUAAGACCCACUUCCACAACCUGCCGUGCGGCGCCAGCGUGAUCCUGGGGAACAACGGGUACGUCUGGAUCUGUCCGACUGUCGAUGAUGAGAAGGUGGAGAGCAGCGGGGGAUAUGAGCAGGAUCUAGAGCCUGUACCAUCGACAGACAGGGAGGUGAUCGCCCGGCUGAGAAACUGUAUCCUGUCCCUGGCCACACACAAGCUGAUGUUGUACGACACAAGUGUGCUGUAUGCAUACGAAGCUUCCCGACAGUAUCAGGUGAAAGACCUUCUACAGCCAGACAUAGCAGAGAAGGUGGCUGACGACACCAGACAGAGAUUACAGAUGGAGUCAGGAUAAUUAAAACAAAUAAAUUCUUUCUGAUGCUAUAGUUACACUGAUUUGUUACUCCUCUCUAUUUUUAUUACAAGCAAUAUCUAACCAACAAUAUUCUUAAAGUCCUGUUAAUCAUGUGACAAAGCCAAGAGAGUUCAAUAAAAUGGAGGAACUAAAAGUAGUAAUUUUGAUUACUUCUUAGUUCCUUAAAAGCUACAAAGCUCAUUUUGCUUUCUUCAUUGGCUACAGAAACACUAUGUGCUGGGCAGGAAAAGCUGUUUUGUUCAAAAUACAACUGGCAGAAAUAAACACACUCAGAAGCACACACCAACAUGGGCACUCACACAGACACAUAUAGACACACACACAUGCAUACAGGAAACAAAGUAAGCAAUAAGCUAACACUUUUCACUGUGUAUACUUGUGUUGAUAUUAGAAAAAUGUUCAGUUCUUCUGGACUUGGAUGUAUUCCCAUACAUGUUUUUCCAGCAUGCAUACAAAUGUUCCACAAAAUGGUAAUGGUCAGGAAAUAGGAAAGCUUAUAUUAGAUCAUAGGAUCAUUUCAGCCAGUUAUCACUAUGAAACCUUUGUAGGAAAGUCUUGUCUUUGAUGUGAUUUUAUCAUGGAGUUAAGUGAAAAAUCAGACUUCCCCACAGGGAGCGGUUCCUGUUGCUACAGCUGGAAUGAGGUUUGAGGGGAGAGUUAUCAGGAAUAUCCUGUCUUUUUUCAGGAAAAGAAACAAUAGUUUCCUAUAUGCAUCUACCAGGAUGUUCACAGGAUCUAUCAGGACCAAAGGGAUAUGUCGCUUGGAAUUGACAGAAACUUAGUUCAGAUUAAUAUUGUUUUCAGUUGGCUUUAUUUUAACAAUGUAUCCAACCAUCAACCUUAAUUUUUUUUCAUUGACGUAUGUCAAAAGUAAUGCUGGGAUACCAACAAAAUAUAAUGCUAUCAGUUGUAC